GUCUGACGUGAAAAGUUCGAAGGUUACGGACAAAUCAUGGCGAUUGUUGUCAACGAUAUAGCGAGCUAACUUUUUCUUUGAACGUGUGAAAUGUAAGACUGUUGGGUCUUGAUAUAUUCGUAGGUUACUGUUGAAAAUAUACAGUUUACAGAAAAUAUACAUUUGUGCCGAUAUCCGACACAUAGCUAAAAAUUACAGACUAGCUAACAAACUUAACGUUACUCAACCGAGAAAGCUAGCUAACGUUUCCAAUCAGGAGGCCGAGGACCACUACCUCUGGACAGAACAUGGUCGACGCCGGUGAAAUCGAGCUUAAAAAGCUCGAAUAUCUUUCUCUUGUUUCCAAAGUAUGCACGGAACUGGACAACCAUUUGGGAAUCAACGACAAGGACCUAGCUGAAUUUGUGAUCAAUCUUGCCGAAAAGCACACAAGUUUCGAUGGAUUCAAGGCGGUGUUGUUGAAAAGUGGAGCCGAAUUCACGGACUCGCUCAUUAGUAAUUUGCUGAGGCUAAUUCAAACGAUGAGAUGUUCUACAAAAUCGUCUUCAAGCAGAGCCUCAGAGCCGGCUGUCAAACCGAAGAGCGAGAAGGACAAACUGAAGGAGCUGUUUCCCGCCUUGUGCCGGCCGGACAACCCUGUGGUGCGGACCGUUCUGGACGAGGACGAUGUGAAGGUGGCGGCGGACGCCAUGAAGGAGCUGGAGAUGCUCCUGCCCAGCGCCGGCAGCCCCGACACCAAGAGGAGCCGGCGCCGGUCUGGGGAGGGCAGCAGGAAGAGGAGGAGUCGCAGUCGCAGCAGAGACAGGAACCGCGAUCGGGACAGAGACAGAGACCGGAAGCGGCGCCAUCGCUCACGCUCCAGAUCACGGUCGAGGGACCGGGGGAAGGAGCGCUCGCGGUCGAGGGACCGGGGGAAGGAGCGCUCGCGGUCGAGGGACCGGGGGAAGGAGCGCUCGCGGUCGAGGGACCGGGGGAAGGAGCGCUCGCGGUCGAGGGACCGGGGGAAGGAGCGCUCGCGGUCGAGGGACCGGGGGAAGGAGCGCGUGUCCCGCUGGAGGUCUCGCACCCCCAGCCCGCGGCGGGAGAAGGAGAAGGGCGCCGGGGGCGACCGAUGGAAGGACAAACACGUGGACCGCCCCCCUCCUGAGGAGCCGGCCGUGGGGGACAUCUACAACGGCAAGGUCACCAGCCUCAUGCAGUUCGGCUGCUUCGUCCAGCUGGAGGGCCUGAGGAAACGCUGGGAGGGUCUGGUGCACAUCUCUGAGCUCCGCAGAGAGGGGCGUGUAGCCAACGUGGCUGAUGUCGUCAGCAAGGGUCAAAGGGUGAAGGUCAAAGUGCUGUCCUUCACCGGCUCCAAAACCAGCCUCAGCAUGAAGGAUGUGGACCAGGACACGGGCGAGGACCUGAACCCCAACCGCAGGCGCAACGUGGGCCCCGAGGGGGCCGAGGAGAGUGCCAUGAGGAACCCCGACCGGCCCGCCAAUCAGAGCCUGGGCCACGCCCCCGAGGUGGAGGACGACACGCUGGAGCGCAAGCGGCUCACCAAGAUCUCCGACCCCGAGAAGUGGGAGAUCAAACAGAUGAUCGCUGCUAACGUGCUCUCCAAGGAGGAGUUCCCUGACUUCGACGAGGUGACGGGCAUCCUCCCCAAAGUGGACGAUGAGGAAGAUGAGGAUCUGGAGAUCGAGCUGGUGGAGGAGGAGCCCCCCUUCCUGAGGGGCCACACCAAGCAGAGCAUGGACAUGAGCCCCGUGAAGAUCGUCAAGAACCCAGACGGGUCCCUCUCUCAGGCGGCCAUGAUGCAGAGCGCUCUGGCCAAGGAGCGCCGUGAGGUGAAGCAGGCCCAGCGCGAGGCCGAGAUGGACUCCAUCCCCAUGGGCCUCAACAAGCACUGGGUGGACCCGCUGCCCGACGCUGACGGGAGGCAGAUUGCUGCUAACAUGAGGGGCAUUGGUAUGAUGCCCAAUGACAUCCCUGAGUGGAAGAAGCACGCGUUCGGCGGCAACAAGGCGUCUUACGGCAAGAAGACCCAGCUGUCCAUCCUGGAGCAGAGGGAGAGCCUGCCCAUCUACAAGCUGAAGGAGCAGCUGGUGCAGGCGGUCCAUGAUAACCAGAUCCUGAUCGUGAUUGGGGAGACGGGUUCGGGGAAGACCACGCAGAUCACGCAGUACCUGGCGGAGGCGGGCUACACCACGCGCGGGAAGAUCGGCUGCACCCAGCCCCGCCGAGUCGCCGCCAUGUCUGUCGCCAAGAGGGUGUCUGAGGAGUACGGCUGCUGCCUGGGGCAGGAGGUUGGUUACACGAUCCGGUUUGAGGACUGCACCAGCCCGGAGACGGUGAUUAAGUACAUGACGGACGGCAUGUUGCUGAGGGAGUGUCUGAUCGACCCCGACCUGGGCCAGUACGCCAUCAUCAUGCUGGACGAGGCCCACGAGAGGACCAUCCACACUGACGUGCUCUUCGGCCUGCUCAAGAAGACGGUACAGAAGCGCACAGACAUGAAGCUCAUCGUGACGUCGGCCACGCUGGACGCCGUGAAGUUCUCCCAGUACUUCUACGAGGCGCCCAUCUUCACCAUCCCCGGCCGGACCUACCCCGUGGAGGUGCUCUACACCAAGGAGCCCGAGACCGACUACCUGGACGCCAGCCUCAUUACCGUCAUGCAGAUCCACCUGACCGAGCCGCCAGGAGACAUCCUGGUGUUCCUGACGGGGCAGGAGGAGAUCGACACGGCGUGUGAGAUCCUAUACGAGAGGAUGAAGUCUCUGGGCCCCGACGUCCCUGAGCUCAUCAUCCUGCCCGUGUACUCCGCCCUGCCCAGCGAGAUGCAGACCCGCAUCUUCGACCCUGCUCCCCCCGGGAGCCGAAAGGUUGUGAUUGCCACCAACAUCGCCGAGACGUCUUUGACCAUCGACGGGAUCUACUAUGUGGUGGACCCUGGCUUUGUGAAGCAGAAGGUGUACAACUCCAAGACCGGAAUCGACCAGCUCGUGGUCACACCUAUUUCACAGGCCCAGGCAAAGCAGAGGGCAGGCCGGGCCGGCAGGACAGGACCGGGGAAGACCUACCGCCUGUACACGGAGCGAGCCUACCGAGACGAGAUGCUCACCACCAACGUGCCCGAGAUCCAGAGGACCAACCUGGCCAGCACCGUGCUGUCCCUCAAGGCGAUGGGCAUUAAUGACUUGUUGUCGUUUGACUUCAUGGACGCCCCGCCGAUGGAGACUCUGAUCACGGCGAUGGAGCAGCUGUACACGCUGGGAGCGCUGGACGACGAGGGCCUCCUGACCCGCCUGGGCCGCCGGAUGGCGGAGUUUCCUCUGGAGCCCAUGCUGUGUAAGAUGCUGAUCAUGUCCGUGCACCUGGGCUGCAGUGAGGAGAUGCUGACCAUCGUGUCCAUGCUGUCUGUGCAGAACGUCUUCUACAGGCCCAAGGACAAGCAGGCUCUGGCGGACCAGAAGAAGGCCAAGUUCCACCAGCCAGAGGGAGACCACCUGACCCUGCUGGCUGUGUACAACUCCUGGAAGAACAACAAGUUCUCCAACCCCUGGUGCUACGAGAACUUCAUCCAGGCGCGGUCUCUGCGGCGAGCGCAGGACAUCCGCAAGCAGAUGCUGGGCAUCAUGGACCGGCACAAGCUGGACGUGGUGUCGUGUGGGAAAGCCACGGUUCGAGUGCAGAAGGCCAUCUGCAGUGGUUUCUUCCGCAAUGCUGCCAAAAAGGACCCGCAGGAGGGCUACCGUACCCUCAUCGACCAGCAGGUGGUGUACAUCCACCCCUCCAGCGCCCUGUUCAACCGGCAACCAGAGUGGGUGGUGUAUCACGAGCUGGUCCUCACCACUAAGGAGUACAUGCGUGAGGUGACGACCAUCGACCCGCGCUGGCUGGUGGAGUUUGCUCCGGCCUUCUUCAAGGUGUCCGACCCCACGCGUCUCAGCAAGCAGAAGAAGCAGCAGCGCCUGGAGCCGCUGUAUAACCGCUACGAGGAGCCCAACGCCUGGAGGAUCUCCCGCGCCUUCCGGCGCCGCUAGCCUGCCCUGCGCCCCGGGGGGCCCCUGGUCUCCCUCCCUGUGCUUUUAUUUUCUAUUUAACUCUUGUUGCACAGAUUUGUUUUAUUCUGCAGGCCGUAUGCCCCUCUGUAGAUUACAGAUCAGAGUCAUGGGUCUGUGGGUCAGUCUGUGUUGCAUUAUGGGUGGCAGUUGGGCUGAGGCUCACAGUGGUAACUAUGGAAACGGUGUAUAGUGUUGUUGUGCAGUUCAGCUGUGGCUGCGUCACUUUACGGCUUCCUCCAUUUUGUUUCUUGGUCUUAAUUUGGCGCUUAUUUGUACUGUGGGCCUUGUGCCGAUGGGGCAGGCUGUUAAACUGGAAUCCAUGCUGGCUCCUCGAGAUGAGUCUCCCGCCCAAUCAACCUUCAGUGGUAGUUUGGGCUGUGCUGUUGAAAGGAAAAGGCUGAUUUGCGGUGGGAGAGAGAGAUGGACGGAGCUGAAACCCAAAGCCAGGGCUGGAUCCACAGGCGCCAUUUUGUGAUACGGCUGACCCCAAACUUGCAAGCUGCAAAUAUAUUUCACAAUGAAAAGUUUUUAUUUACUUUUUCCCCAGGUAGAAAUGCAUAAUUCCUACUUUAGUAUUGAAUAUUUUGUUGUUAUUUUGGCGAGGGAAGUGGUUUCCUUCUCCCCCACACAGUCUGGUGAUUCUGUUCUCUGAAUACUAACAGAAUGGCAGUGGUAUGGCGCCCCCUGUUGGUGCGGUGGACCUGCAUGAGAAAACAACAGAUGUGUGUGUGAGCUGCAGGCGGGGGGGCUGUUUGGGUUGUGUGCGGAGGGGGGGGCGGGGGGGCUGUUUUGGGACUGCCCCAGGGCCCCUCACAGCUUGGCUGGACCUGCAGCGGAUGUUGAAGAGUUCCAGAAGCUUCCAGAACCGCUCUUUAAACAAACAGAACCACCGCUCUGACUCACCGCUGGCCCCAACACUCUGGACUGGGACAGAAACCUCUUUUAUACUCUGUAUUUUUUAUAAACUCUGUAUCUGCAGGGUUCUGCGCUGUACGUACGCCCACCUGCGCCUCGGCCUCACCUGGGGCCGCUCCGCUCUCCUGUUGGAGCCUUUUCUCUUCAUUAAAUGUGUUUGUUAACCGUG